AUGGGGGAGAUGGAGCAGUUGAAGCAGGAGGCGGAGCAGCUCAAGAAGCAGAUUGCAGAUGCCAGGAAAGCCUGUGCUGACACCACUCUGGCAGAGCUGGUGUCUGGCCUAGAGGUGGCAGGACGGGUCCAAAUGCGAACACGGCGGACGCUAAGGGGACACCUGGCCAAGAUCUAUGCUAUGCACUGGGCCACUGACUCCAAGCUGCUGGUAAGUGCCUCACAAGACGGGAAGCUGAUCGUGUGGGACACCUACACCACCAACAAGGUGCACGCCAUUCCGCUGCGCUCGUCCUGGGUCAUGACCUGUGCCUACGCCCCGUCAGGGAACUUCGUGGCGUGCGGGGGGCUGGACAACAUGUGCUCCAUCUACAGCCUCAAAUCCCGCGAGGGCAACGUCAAGGUCAGCCGGGAGCUGUCGGCUCACACAGGCUAUCUCUCCUGCUGCCGUUUCCUGGAUGACAACAGCAUCGUGACCAGCUCGGGGGACACCACGUGUGCCUUGUGGGACAUCGAGACCGGGCAGCAGAAGACUGUGUUUGUGGGGCACACGGGUGACUGCAUGAGUCUGGCUGUGUCCCCUGACUUCAAACUCUUCAUUUCGGGGGCUUGCGAUGCCAGCGCCAAGCUCUGGGAUGUGCGGGAGGGGACCUGCCGUCAGACUUUCACUGGCCACGAGUCGGACAUCAACGCCAUCUGUUUCUUCCCCAAUGGAGAGGCCAUCUGCACCGGCUCCGACGACGCUUCCUGCCGCCUGUUUGACCUGAGGGCGGACCAGGAGCUGACCACCUACUCCCACGAGAGCAUCAUCUGCGGCAUCACGUCCGUGGCCUUCUCCCUCAGUGGCCGCCUGCUCUUCGCUGGCUACGACGACUUCAACUGCAAUGUCUGGGACUCCAUGAAGGUCGAGCGUGUGGGUGUCCUCUCUGGCCACGACAACAGGGUCAGCUGCCUAGGAGUCACAGCUGAUGGGAUGGCUGUGGCCACCGGCUCCUGGGACAGCUUCCUCAAAAUCUGGAACUGAGGAGGCUGGAGGAAGGAGGUGGAAGGCCCUGAAGACACCCAGCUGUCCUUUCCCCCGCCCA